UCGCGCCAGAAACAACAACUUUAUUUCUUUCAAUUAAUCGAAAUCUCACAGAAUGGUCCGUAAACUCAAGCAUCAUGAGCAAAAGCUUCUGCGAAAAGUAGAUUUCACAACAUACGCAUCGGACAAUAAUCAUCGAGAUGCGGCUGUUAUACGAAGAUAUGCGAUCCAGAAACCUGGAGAUUAUCAGAAAUACAAUAGACUAUGCGGUGUAUGAUUCUUUUCUCUCCAUUAAAGCAUUUUUCAAAUAUUAAUUGUAUACACAGUCUCUCCGCCAACUUGCCCACAAACUUACACUUCUUCCCCCCGAUUCCCCAGUCCGUCUAAAGCACGAACAGCUCCUUCUCUCUAAGCUUCACGAUAUGGGAAUUCUUCCUUCAACCGCUUCCACGUCCAAACUUUCUUCAGUUGAAUCGCACGUUACUGUUUCCGCAUUCUGUCGAAGACGUUUACCGGUAGUAAUGACUAGGUUAAGGAUGGCAGAGACUGUACAGGCUGCGAAUAAGAUCAUUGAGCAAGGACAUGUCAGAGUGGGCACGGAAACGAUCACGGAUACAGCAUUUCUAGUUACAAGAAGUAUGGAGGAUUUCGUUACCUGGGUGGAUGGUUCGAAGAUCAAGCGGAACAUCUUGAAAUAUAGAGAGAAGUUGGAUGAUUUCGAUUUACUGUGAAGGAUCACGAGAGAUGAAAAUAAGGAUGGUUGGAGUUUUGGUCCCUGGAAAAUUUGCUUGGCUGGAGUUUGGUGGGCAACAGAAUUAGAUGAGAAGGAUACCUCAAGACAAUUCAUGGAUAAGUAGUCUGUAAAGUAUAACAAGGAAUUAAUGAUCUCAAUCAUCUCAAAUUUUCUGAGGUGCAAAACAAAUCGGUCAUCAAAGCACGGCAGGAGAGGAAAAACAGGAGAAAUGAAACCUCAUGGUAUUAAGAUCAUGACAUGGAGGAGUAUUGAAGUAUUAUGUUUAGUUCGACCUUGAACAAUGUUUCAAUAGCAUGAAAACUUUGGUGGAGCAUAAAUUCCAAGGGGACGCCAAACAAAACUAUUUUGGGUUUGCACCAGGAAUCCAAUCAUAUUGCGUAAAGCCCUGCAACCCGGAGGCAUCUGUUUUUUUUUCUUAACCCUUUAAAAUAGACAAAUUAUAUAUCCUCGG